AUCAUAUCCUCACCUUCUCCACUAAUACUCUAUUUAUCAUAUAGUUUUUUUGUUCUUCUUAUAAACUUUAUAUUUUCAGCAAACGAAAGAGAAGUGUGUCAGAACUCUCAGAGGGUGAGAAUCCCAAUGAGGAUCUUACCCGAACCUCGAGGUUCGGUUCCGUGCAUUCUCCUUCUCGUGUCGGUUCUCUUUUCAGCGACUCUCACUCUCGCUCGUGUCGUCGAAGUUGUCGGUUACGCCGAGAGCAAGAUCAAAACCCCCCAUGCAUUUUCAGGACUCCGAGUGACGAUCGACUGUAAGGUGAAUAAAGGCCAUUUUGUUACAAAAGGCUCCGGAAACAUUGACGACAAAGGAAAAUUUGGUCUUAGUAUUCCUCAUGACAUUGUCUCCGACGACGGAGCGUUGAAGGAGGAGUGUUACGCUCAGCUUCACAGCGCGGCGGGAACCCCUUGUCCGGCUCACGACGGCCUCGAAUCCACGAAGAUCGUGUUUUUAUCCAAAUCCGGGGAUAAACACGUUUUGGGUCUCAAACAAAAUCUGAAAUUUUCACCCGAAAUUUGUGUUUCGAAAUUCUUCUGGCAUAUGCCUAAGUUGCCACCUUUUAAGGGCUUUGAUCAUCCGUUCCCUUUACCUCCACCUUUGGAACUUCCACCGUUUCUCAAGAAGCCAUGUCCACCUAAAUUCAGCCCUCCUGUGGAGGUUCCACCUCCGGUUCCGGUUUACGAGCCACCGCCAAAGAAAGAGGUUCCGCCUCCGGUUCCGGUUUACGAUCCACCGCCAAAGAAAGAGGUUCCCCCACCUGUCCCGAUUUACGAGCCAUCACCAAAGGUGGAGCUUCCACCGCCUAUUCCUAAGAAGCCUUGUCCACCUAAACCGCCGAAGAUAGAGCACCCACCUCCGGUUCCGGUUUACAAGCCACCGCCAAAGAUAGAGCACCCACCUCCAGUUCCGGUUUACAAGCCACCGCCAAAGAUAGAGCACCCACCUUCGGUUCCGGUUUACAAGCCACCGCCAAAGAUAGAGCACCCACCUUCGGUUCCGGUUUACAAGCCACCGCCAAAGAUAGAGCACCCACCUCCAGUUCCGGUACACAAGCCACCGAAGAAGCCAUGUCCGCCUAAGCCGCCGAAGGUGGAGCUUCCACCGCCGGUGCCAGUCUACAAACCACCAACGAAGAAGCCUUGUCCGCCUAAACCGCCGAAGAAAGUUGAUCCACCGCCGGUUCCAGUCCACAAGCCGCCGCCAAAGAUAGUCAUUCCACCGCCGAAGAUAGAGCACCCACCUCCAGUUCCGGUUUACAAGCCGCCGCCGAAGAUAGAGCAUCCACCAAUCUACAUUCCACCGGUAGUGAUCCCGAAGAAGCCGUGUCCUCCGCCGGUACCAGUAUACAAACCACCGGUGGUGAUUCCGAAGAAGCCGUGUCCUCCGCCGGUACCAGAAUACAAACCACCGGUGGUGAUACCAAAGAAGCCAUGUCCGCCACUUCCACAGCUUCCACCACUUCCAAAGUUUCCACCUCUUCCUCCUAAAUACAUUCACCACCCCAAGUUCGGGAAAUGGCCUCCACACCCUUGAGAAAAUUAAAUACGUAUAUAUAUAUAUAUAUAUAUAUAUAUAUAUAUAUAUAUACGUAUACUCAUGUAUAAUCAACGUGUUGCCUUUUUAAUACUUUAUCUUUGCAUGUUCUCUUUAUAUUUUGUUUCUUUUGUUGGCUUUCUCUCUGAGUUAUCUUAUAUGUGUAGACUGUUUGUUUAUAUUCCCGCAAUAUUCUUCCAACAAUAAUAUGGUAAUGAUACGUUUCUCUUUUUAUCA